AUGAGCAGGGCUAACGAGAGUGCCCCACAGGAGUUCAUCCUGCUGGGUUUCUCAGAUCGACCCUGGCUAGAGCUUCCGCUCUUUGUGGUGUUCCUGGUCUCCUACGUCUUGACCAUCGAGGGCAAUAUGACAAUAAUUCUUGUGUCUCAUCUGGAUCCUAAACUCCACACGCUGUACUUCUUUCUCACCAGUCUCUCACGUCUGGACCUGUGCUACACCACCAGCACUGUUCCGCAGAUGCUGGUGAACAGCAGCACCAGGAAGGUGAUCAGCUAUGGUGGCUGUGUGGCCCAGCGCUUCCUCUUCCUGGCCCUGGGUUCCACUGAAUGCCUUCUGCUGGCUGUCAUGUCCUUUGAUAGGUUUGUGGCUAUCUGCCGGCCCCUCCGGUACUCAGUUAUCAUGCACCAUGGGCUCUGCCUGCAGUUGGCAACUGCCUCCUGGGUGAGCGGCUUCAGCAACUCCGUUCUGCAGUCCACCUGGACCCUCCACAUGCCGCUGUGUGGCCACAGAGAAGUGGACCAUUUCUUCUGUGAGGUGCCCGCGCUGCUCAAGCUGUCCUGUGCUGACACAACAGCCAACGAAGCUGAGCUGUUCUUCAUCAGCGUGCUGUUUCUCUUAAUACCCGUGACCCUCAUCCUCAUAUCCUACACAUUCAUCGUCCAAGCAGUGCUGAGAAUACAGUCAGCAGAAGGUCGCAGAAAGGCAUUUGGGACCUGUGGCUCACACCUGAUUGUGGUGACACUUUUCUAUGGCACGGCCAUCUAUAUGUACCUGCAGCCGCCAUCCCCCUCCUCCAAGGACCGGGGGAAGAUGGUGUCUCUUUUCUAUGGAAUCAUCACACCCAUGCUGAACCCCAUCAUCUACACCCUGAGGAACAAGGAGGUAAAGGGAGCUUUUAAAAGGUUGAUUUCAAGGGCCUUCUUAAUAAACAAGUAA